AUGGAAUUCGACGCCAGUUUUCUCCAGAAAAUCCUCACGGCAAAGGUGUUGAACGAAAGAGAUGGCCAAGUAAUCUGUGCCAAAUUCGUGAGUUUCAAGCACAAUGCACAAGAUUCAACCGUCUUUCGAAGCAUCACUCAAGUUUGUCCACAUUAUUCAAAUGAUCCGACUAAGAAGUAAGUUUUACUAUUUUUGAAUGUAGAUUUGGAUGUCAUGUUAGCCUGAAAUUUCUUGUUAGUCUUCGGAUGUCUAGCUGUAAAUUCCUGGUUCUCUGUUGAGCUUUGUAAUAUAAAUAAUCAGUCGAGAAGUUGAGGAUUGGUAAAAAAAGAGAGAUAGGUCAGUUCUGAGAAGGGGGGGGAAUAAUUGAUCCUUAGAAAUGCAACUUUAGGAAAGUGUUUUUAAAUGUCAGUGUUAGCAAGAACGUUUCCCCUUUUAUAACGCUUAAUCUUGUUAUUUAAAAUUUUUAUAUUUAGAGAGUUCAAGGAUCCUAAACCUGGCAUUACUGAUCUGAACUACAUUUUUUCCUUGAAAGACAUCGACAAUUUUUAUGCUUAUGGAAAAGAUAAAAGGAACGCGUAAGUUUUUUAAAUUUAAAUAUUGUGACGGAUGACGAUUUAAGCAUAGAGAAGAAUCCCCUUUUCCCCAUUCUGCUGUUUGCAGCUAUUCUAGACUUUUCUGAAGUCAUGUGUUUUAAAAUUUAAAUUAAAAGUUAUUGCUAAAUCUUUAAUUUUUUAGGCUUUUUGUGAUCAACUUUAAUCGCGAGAAGCCAUUUUAUCAUUCCUCUGACACAGAAAACAAGUAUUGGAUGGCUGGAAACGUUGUUUUGCUACAAGGAAAGGAUGCUCCACUUAAAUUUUAUGAAGGAAACGAUCUUGUACCCCUCACCAACAACGUUGAUUUUUUCAAUGAAAAAGUAAUCGGAAGUACGGAGACUGGCGACCUAUGGUUUCGUAAAGACAAAUGCAAGAAGCUCGAAGCAAAAGGAAACAACUACAAGUUGGUUGAUUACGAUUGCAAAGAUCCCGAGCAACUGCUUUUAUCACUGGUACGUAACUUAUCUUCUUAUCUUAUUUAUUCUUCUUUUUAAAGUUAUGUGACAUCAAAUAUUAUUUUUUCAUUUUUUUGGUGUUUUAAGUUUAUAUAUAUCUAUACUGGUGUAUUAGACAUGGGGAAUGAGCCGGGCCUUAGCGUUAAGUCUGGUCCGGUCUAAGUUUUGCUUUGAGCCGGUCCGGUCAGAAUUUUUUUUAAAAAAGCCGAACUUUUCUUGGCUUUUUUGGGAGGCGACUUGAUUUUCAGGCUUGACCCGACCUAAAUGUUGCACAGGCCCGGCCAGAUGGUAGGCCCGGCUCGUUCUUCAUGUCUACUUGUAUAUAUAUAUAUAUAUAUGCAAUAUGUACAAUUGUUUAAUGCUUUUAAGACACGUUAUUGCAAAGUUUCAAAAGCAUAAAUUUUGUAAACUUAAUAAAUUUUUAAAAAUUUGAAUUUCAGAAUGCACUGAAAGAAAGUGGUGCCAAUUUGAAUAAAGAUGAGGCCAGUGCGGACGACUUUGCCAUAUUGUACUAUGAGUGAGUGGUUUGUUACCUUUUGUGUUGUACUGGUCAAAUGAAAAUGUCUUUUAAAAAUAAUGGCAAUACUCAUAUAACAUAAUAUAUUGAAACUGUAGGCAAGCGCCCACCACCACAACCAGUACAACACUAGCCACCACCACUGAAAUGGUAACCGAUCCUGACGACGUAUUCACAACCUCAUCUGCGCAAUUGUGAGUUUGACUUGGACUGAAUUUUCUUCUAGCCUGCAGAGAAGGGGGUAGAGUGAAAAAUUUGUCAAUUUUGUUUAAAUUAGUAAUGUAAAUCGUUUAGGGAAACACCAACGACUACUGGCAAUGUAUCCACUGACACAAACGAUACAGGACUAUCACUUUUGGCGACGUAAGUUUUGAAGUUGUACUUUUUGUGAAAAGGUGUCAUGUUUUUUAAUUAAAAAGUUUUAUUUGGGUGACCUAUUUUAUUUAAAUGAGACAAAGAUUGACUUAGUAUUGACAUUAACCUGCGUAUUUUAGUGGCUUGAUCUGCAUAAUUGGUGGGCUGUUAGCAAUCGUGGUCGGCGGAAUUUGUAUUUAUUUCAUUUAUAAAUACGUGUCUAAGAACAAUGAAACCAAGAGCAAGAAAAAACGUAAGAAGUCGAAGAAAAAGGCUAAGAAGUCGAACAAAUCAAAGAGAAAAGAAAAGGAUGAAUCUGACAACUCGAGUGCAGCGGAGGCAUCCAAUAUGUCGCAAAGCAAAGAUCCAGAAUCUCAUAAUGACAAAGAAAAAGCAUGUACCAAUAACCAUGGUUCUGAUGGCGAAGGCGUUCCUUCUGUUGAUGUUCUAAUUAAAAAGCCGAAAAGCGACAAAGAUAAGAAAUCUAAGAAGGCGGACGACAAAUUGUGUGGCUGCCUUAAAAGACGUUUACCGCGAAACAAAAACGCGGCAAGUCAGAGGGACAACACACCUACUUCUUUAAUGAGUAAAAAGGAAGAUGAGGAAACAGCGAAGGGUUUUGAAAAACAGAAGGAUGACGAGGGGAUGCAGGAAGACAAUACUCAGAGCGGCUCGUCAAAGGGUCAAAACAGUUCGAAGAAGAAAAAAUGA